CUCUGAAUGCAUUAUCGACUAGCUCGGCCGUACGACAACACUGUCUGUAGUCAAUUAAAUAAAAAAAAAACAAAUAACAUUUUUUAUCUACGAAAACAAAAUGGUUGUUUGCGUGUGAAGUGAAGUUUUUGUACAAUAAUUUUAUUUUUAUUUUUUUGUUUCUGUUUUUUUAUUAAUAAGUGAAAGUGUUUUAUUUGUUUUAAAAUGCCUAAACCGACUAUUUUGAUUCGCCAAUCUCUAUUCCACCAACAACGACGGCAUAUCGCCGGUUCGUCGUCUCAAAGGACGUCCACAUCUCCUCAGCGUAGGAAUGUGGCCGCUCCGAGACUGGCCGCGGCUGCUGCACGGCCCUUCAACGAGAUCCCAGGACCGAUCGCCUUGCCUAUGCUGAGGCAUUCGGCUCAUGUGCUGCCAAGAAUUGGUAGUUACCACCACACCGUUGGACUAGGUUUGCUGGAAGGUCUUCAUGAUAAGUAUGGGGACCUGGUGCGAUUGGCGAAGGCAUCCAGAACAAGGCCUGUGCUGUACGUCUUCGAUCCUGAGAUGAUGAGAGAGGUAUAUGAAAGUUACGCUACAGAGCCUCCUCGCUUCGAAAAAUCGCCGCUUUGUCAACAUAGAAAGGUUGUGGGCCACUGUCCAGUACACGGAGAUGAGAACAAAGCAAUUUGGGCUGCAAUUCGCGCGCUGUUGCAAGAUGGCAACUUACUAAAGUGCUACGACCAGGCCUUCGAUAACAUUGCUGCUGACAUCACAAGGAGAUUGGGAGAUCUGCGUCAUGCAGAAAACGCUUUGAACGAAGAAUUGGAGACUGAAAUCUACCGGUGGGCCAUUGAGACUAUCGGCAUGAUGAUCUUCGGGAUACGACUGGGAUGCCUCGACGGUGCUGUGCAUAUACCUACUGCUGAUAACCAGAAACCAGAAAAAACCUCAAUGGAUGACGAGAUCCACGACCUUUGUUCGCUGGCGAAGCGUUCCUUAGAAGAACUGACUCCUGCAGAAAGGCUGGUGCGAUGCAGUCGAGAUAUAGCUGAUGGUAGCUUCCUAGUCAGGAGUGAAGGAACCUUAAACCCGGAGAACCCGACCUUCAACAGUGCUUUGAAGGCCUUUGACAGACAUUUCACGCUCACAGAACAUUUCCUGACGAAGGCACUGAACUCGCUCAACUCUGAAGAGUUGAGGCCUGAACAGGUUUUACUUGAUAAGCUACGGCCUCUGCAGAGGCGGAUCCUGCCUCUCGCAGCUGACAUCCUACUAGCUGGCGUCCAUCCUCUCGCCCAAACAGCUCUAAACAUGUUCUACCAACUAUCCCUACACGCGGCUCGUCAGCAAAGGGCACAUGACGAGGUGCACUGGUCCAUAGCAUCCAGGGAGGCUGGGUGUGACACACCCGAACUGCCCUAUGUUGCUGCCUGCGCCAGAGAGGCCAUGAGACUCCACCCUGCCACUGGAGGAGUCGUCAGGAGGAACAGGGAACCAAUCAUCGUUGGAGGCUAUGAAAUUCCUGCUGGGGUGGACAUUGUCCUCGCUCACGGCGUGACAAGCAAAUCCGAGAAGCAAUGGGGAAGGGCAAAGGCCUUCGUUCCAGAGAGAUGGUGCAAUGAAGGUUGGGAGCCUUUAAAAGCCUCCAGGGCUCACCCACUAGCCUCCAUGCCCUUCGGAGAAGCCUGUCCAGGUACCGGCGCCGUUGGCAAAAUGCUAUCCUCAUUAACAACUAGAGUUUUGGACAAAUACAGGCUAGAAUGGCACGGACCUGCCCCAAAUAUGGCCACCGUUGGAGUCAAUAGAAUGCAUCCGCCUUAUUACUUCGUUCUGCAGAAUGCUGCUUGAAUAUUCAUUGUGAUAUAGGUUUAAGGUUUAGAGUAGUUUUGUCUCUUUUUUGUAGGAAUGUAUGUAUGUGUUGGACUGUUGUAUUGUUUAUUUUUAAUAUGUUUUGAUUAAAUAUGGCUACAAUUGGAUAUUGUUGAUAGGAGAAGAAAAUUAUGUGGUAAAAUGAUCGUUUUUUUUUAUUCUUGUUGACGAUUAUUAAGUAAAUUAUAAACUCAAUUGUAAUUUAUUGUGUCUCCUAUAUUUUGUUAAAUGACGAACGUAACCCAUCUCCCGAACAAGCACACAAUAAGAAAGUUUCAAAAGAUAAUGCCUUUGCUAAUUAACUCGAAUAAAGCCUUUGAAGCCAACUUCAUAAAGCCCUUUUUCUGGUAACAGUGACGGUGCCAAUUUUAGCACUAAAUCAAUCAUUUUGGUUCAAUACGCCUACCCGUUUUCGAGUCUGUCUAUGUCCCGAUUCCUGAUUAAGACAGAUUUGAAAUUGAGAACAAAAAGAUUAAUUAAUGUAAUUAAGAAACUGAAAGUUUACUAGGUUACCUCUGACGAAGUCUUUGGGUAGGUACAUUUCUGAAUGCGCUAAAGUAAUUAUAGUCCUAUCAAAUCUACUAUUCUUUGGAAGAGUAUGUUUCUCCGAACGACUAACUUUGGCCUUCGGUCGCAUAAUCUAUCUUUUCGAUUACUCUAACUGUUUUUGACUACUUUUAUGUUUUUUUACGUAUACACAGGCUGGCACAUCAAUCAACCCCGAUUAUCUUCAAAUAAUUUUCAAAUUUAUUAUUUUGUAAUAAAGUACAAAAUCUAUUAAAUAAAUUUGACGAAUUAGGAUAACUCUAUGUGCUGUGUGUCUAUACGUAAUUUACCUACAGUGUGAAUUUUAUAUAAUCUUUGUUCUACGACAAAAUGAAAUACGGAAUAACCCUCCCUAUUAUCGACUCACUGUUAGACUCCUCCCACGCCGUCAAACUCACCUACAUACGUAUUACUAAUGGUUUCAAGUCGCUUUCGAGUUUACUUUUCACAAUUGAAAAAAGCAUAGCAUAGACAGAUUUGAUCCGGAGCUGCGGACUGCCUAGCGGGUUUACCGGGGCUCCGGCUCGAAAAGCAGGAGUAGGAACGGGGUGGUUUUUAGUCAGUAAAUGUCUGACACUCCCUCCCACCUCGCCCAAGGCGGGAGAAGUCAUUGGAAAUUCCCCCCCCCCCUCCCCAAAAAAAAAAGAAAAAGCAUAAACAGAUUGUACUAUUAAGAGAAUAGCAUUUAUUCUUGAUUCGUAAAAUUCACAUUAGGUGUAAUAAAGUAUAUUUAUCUCAUGGAACAUUAUAAAUACCAAGUUUUCGAUGAUUUGUGAUCGUUUUAUAAAGUUCGUAAGGUAUAAUAUAUAGGCUAUAUCAUUAGAAAUUGAGACGGGAUAUUUACCAUGUUUAUUAAUAUCGGGAACUCAUAGACAUAAAUAAACAUGGUAAAUAUCCCGCCUCAAGUUCUAAUGAUAGUGUUAGUGACCAUGUCAGUUUAAAAACUGGUAUACAGGCUAUAUUUCAUUAUGUGCCUAUUAUGCUAUAUAUAAUUAAAGUUCCUGUGUAAGAAUGUAUUGUAAUGUUUUAUAUUAUAAUAAUUUAAUUUAAUAUAACACUUAUUAUGUAUUCUUAAAGGUAUGUCAUUUAUAAAAUAAUAAAAAUAAUUGGAAAUUGGUUAUUUUUAAUCAAUACACGAGAAAUUAAAUAAAU